AUGGCUAUCAAGUCCAUUGAGGUUGGGGUGGUCGACGGCUCAAGUGUGCAAAGGAUGAGUGAAGGCGAGAAAGUGGAGGGCGGACCAAAUCCCAAGGACGAAAGAAAACUUCUUUGGCGCAUUGAUUUGGGCCUUCUUCCGCUGAUGGCAGGAUCCAUUCUGCUUCAGUAUCUCGACAAGCAGACUUUGAACUCUGCUUCCAUCAUGGGUAUCAUCCAAGACUUGAAUUUGGAAGGCCGCGAGUAUUCGUGGACCAGCAGCAUAUUCUAUUUCGGCUUCUUUGCUUUCACUUAUGUGGCCUCAUUCUUGAUGGUGCGUCUGCCCAUUGGGAGGUUUCUCGCCUCAACAUUCCUUAUAUGGGCAGUCUGUGUAGGGCACCAUGCGGCCACGACCAACUACGCAGGACUGAUGGUCGUCCGAUUCUUCCUGGGUGCUGCAGGAGCAUCAAUCACUCCAGGUUUCAGUCUGAUUACCGGCAUGUGGUACAGGAGACAAGAACAGCCUUUGAGACAUGGAAUAUGGUUUGUCGGCACAUCCGUCGGCAUCAUGUUUGGGGGACUCCUUGCUUAUGCCAUUGCCCAUAUUCAGGGUGGAAUAGGGCCUUGGAAGUGGUCCUUCAUCAUAUUCGCCCUGAUUACCAUAGCCUGGGCCAUCAUCCUUCUCUGGUUCCUGCUUGACACGCCAGGGAAUGCUCGCUUUCUCUCCAAAGAGCUACGUGAUAUCGCCAUCAGCAGAGUGCGAACAAAUCAAACUGGUAUCAAAAACAAUGAGUUCAAAUGGUAUCAGGUUCGUGAGGCUCUCUUGGAUAUUAAAGAUUGGCUGGUGGUUCUCUUUAUCUGUUGCGUCAGUGUUUGUAAUGGUGCACUUGGAACUUUCUCGAGCUUGGUCAUUCAAGGUUUCGGAUUUGACAUCUUUGAGACCUGUCUGUUCAAUUUGGCCAUUGGUGCCGUUCACGCUGUGUUCGGCAUUGUAGCAACAUGGAUCUGUGGCCAAUACAAAGACGUCCGCUGCAUGGUAGCUGCCACGUUCCUUGUGGGAAGUAUGUUGGUGAGGUUCGGACCUAAUCAAGGGAGCAAAGUGUUCGGUUUCCUCAUCUUUUUCGCCUACCCCACUACCAUCGCGAUUGGUCUAUCAAUGAUUUCAUCCAAUGUGACCGAGUUCACGAAUAAAAGUGUGGCUUCCUCUAUGCUAACCGUCUUCUACUGCGUUGGAAACAUCAUCGGACCAUUCCUAUUCAUUCCGGACGAAGCUCCCACAUAUCCGAGUGGUUUCAUUGGCACAACGACCUGCUUUGGUAUAGCUUUGCUCCUCAUAGCUGCCCUGCGUUUGACCCUCCAAUUUGACAACAAGCGCCGAGACAGGUCGCAAGUAACUGACGGAAGUAUUGCUGAGAAUGGAGAAUCUAACAGUGAAUGGUCGCCACUCAACGACGAUACGGACAAAGAGAACCUUCAUUUCCGCUACGUCCUCUGA